CAAACGUCACAUUCCAGCAUUCUCCCUCCCUGCGCAUGAGUGUGUUUGGAUGUGUGUAUUAGGCUAAUCUUUUCCCUCCCGUACGCCUCUCUGUCCCCGGGAACCUCUCAUGACAGGGCGGAUCUGAGCCCGGCGGACACCCGCAGCCCCGAUCGCGGAUCUCGGCUCCCCCCCUUCUGUGGGCCGGUUGCCAUGGAGACCUCAUCGGUGGCAUCAGCAUCGUCUGAGGCGGGAAGCACUCGCUCGCAGGAGAUCGAGGAGCUGGAACGCUUCAUCGACAGCUACGUGCUGGAGUACCAGGUGCAGGGACUCCUGAACGACAAAAGCGACACGGACCAGGACGUGGACAAGACCCCGUCCCAUGCCUCACAGUGGGCAGAGGACUGCAGUGAUAAGGUUGAUGGAAGCUGGUCGUCGUCACGGGGGAGGGGCUCAUCCAAACCAGAUGAGUGGGAGCACAGCAGUAACGGUAGCACAGGUUCUAGACCCAGUUCAGGUUCUCAACACGGUUCUGGUUCUAGAUCAGGCAGCAGAGGACAGAACAACCAGUUCAGAGCUAAGAAUGGAAACCGAGAUUGCGCUCUUGACAUCCUGGGAACAGACAUUUGGGCUGCUAACCUGGACUGUCACGGAGGUGCUACAUGGGACAUGCAGCCAGAGAAACUGGACUUCUCACAGUUUCACAUGAGGCCGUAUCGAGGGACACCGAAACACCUCCCGCACAUCGACCGAGAGGGGAUGAUGAAGGGAACAUUUGAUGAUGAUGAUAAUGGUAUUGAUCUGGAAAGCAUGAACAAAUUCCUGCCCACCCUGCCGGUCUUUCCUCAGCUGCAGAAUGACGCUGAUAUCGCACACGCUAAAAAGCUGUUUCGCAGACGCAGAACGGACCGUCGUUCCCUCUGUCUGUGUUCUCUUUUUAUCCUCCAUCCCUCCCUUAUUUACACAUCAUCUCCCUGUCACAUCCGUAGCCGAACUGAGCCAUCCCCGGACCAGCUCACCGUACAGCUGUCAGCUGAGGGAAAGAGGCAAGUGUCCAGGAGACAACAGCGCCCACCUGGAGGAGGUGGAGGAGGUGGUGUGAAAUCCCAGAAUCCUCUGCAGCAGCAGGGCCUGCAGCAGCAACAGCCGCCCAAUCAGACGCAGCAGCAGCCCAAUGCAGACCACCAAUCAGGUGUCGGCACUAAGCACGGAGGGUGGGGUUACCAGGGACAGCAGAACCAGGGCGGGCGUCAGGGCGGCCCGCAUCACGGCUACAGCCAGAACCGUCGCUGGCACCAGCAUCCAAAACACCAGACGAACAAUUUCAGUCAAGGGGCUGACAGGACCCCCACACGUAAUGCCAAAGAGACUGAGAAUGCGAAACAGGACGAGCCGGGGCCUGGGAUAGAGAGAGCAGUGAAGGACGAGCCGGUGAGAGAGCAGAGACUGAAGAAUGAGAACGAUGGAAAGACAGAAGCUGGGAAGAUCAGUUUACUGCAGUCCUCUAAAGAGAGACUCCGCAAGAGAUUGAAAGAGAAGGAGGAUGUUCCCGUGGCGACGGCCGGACCCCAGCAGAACCGAAUGGAUCGGUUGUUAGAGAUUCUGAACAGCAUGAGAAACAACAGAAGCGGAGUGGAGGCACAGCUCACCGCGUUCAUGGAGGAGGCGCAGAGCUCGGCCGACUCGGAAGAGACUCUGAACGAAAUCGUCCACACCAUCUAUCAUAAAGCCGUCAGCGAUCGAAGCUUCGCGGCCACUGCGGCCAAACUCUGUGACAAGAUGGCUCUGUUCAUGGUGGAGGGCACCAAAUUCCGCUCUCUGUUACUCAACAUGUUACAGAGAGACUUCACGCGGCGUGAUGAGUUGCGGCGGACGGAUGUGGAGAGCUGGUUGGGCUUCGUUACGCUUCUGUGUGAAGUGUUUGGCACGAUGAGAAGCAGCGCUGGAGAGCCGUUCAGAGUGCUGGUGUGCCCCAUCUACUCCUGCUUGAGAGAGCUCCUUCAGUCUCCUGAUGUGAAGGAGGACGCUGUUCUGUGCUGUACUAUGGAGCUCCAGAGCACCGGACGCUUGUUGGAGGAUCAGCUGCCGGAGAUGAUGACCGAGCUGCUGGCCACCGUGAGGGACAAGAUGUUGUGUCCGUCCGAGUCCCAGCUGACGCGUUCGCUCCUGAUGGAGGUCGUCGAGCUUCACGCUCACCGCUGGAGCCCGCUGGAGGCGCUGACCACCGCUUACUACAACAGAACCAUCCAGAAACUCACAGCGUGAUGGAAACGUGACGGCCGCGUGCGACUACACAACCAUCACGAUAACUUUCAAGCAAACCACUGGAGGCCACGGACACGCUGUAUGGCCACAGAACGUUUCUAAAGGCCGUCGGCACGUACACGCAUACACACGGCAACAGACAGAUGACGGAAACACGGAUGAGACGGGCAUUAUGGGAUGGGGGUUGGCCAAAGGGUCAGAGUUCAAAGGGUAAAAUAUGCAGAUGGAAAUGAAUAUGUAUUUAUUUUCACGUCAGACCUGCAUAUUCAUGAGUAAAUCCAGACAUACGGACUCGAAACCAGACGGUCAUUACACACGCAGACAGACAGUCGGUCAUGUGUGUGUGUGUGUGUGUGUUAAAAGCGUCAAUGAAACGGAACGAUUACAGAAAAGAUGUACAGUGCACAUUUCACUGCAAAAUCAAAAGAAAUAUGUUAUUUUAAAAUAGGAAAAUGAAGCCUAGUUUUCCAACAUUCAACAGAUUUUGCUUUCAGUUUCUCAUUGCUGUAAAACUGUACUUCUUUUUUUAUAUUCAGAUUAUUCACAAUGGUACUGUAAUGCAGUAAUGAUUUACUGUUCACAUCAAAUACUUUUAUUAUGAAUAAAUUAAAGACAGUACAUUU